AUGAAAUGUAAUAAAUGCCAGAAUCGAAUUAGCUUGCAGGACAGUAUAAAAAGCAAAAUAGAAUUGCUAGGGGAGGAGGACAUUUUCAUGUUCUGUGAAGACUGCAGGAUUUGCUAUAUAUGCUACACCCAAACAGAAGAGCCCACGGAGUGCUGCAAAAUGUGCGGAUAUUCAUACCACACUCAUCAUUUUCCAGAAACCGAAACUGCACAGAGGGAUGGAGAUGCAGCUGAGGAAGAUAAAAGCAGAUGCAAGAAGUGUGCAGACUUGUACAGCGAAAUUGGGUUUGGCAGUCUGCUUGGCCCAGAAAUACCUGCAUUAGAGCGGAAUUAUGAAGAAAUUGAUAAAGAGCAGAUAAGAAAAAUCACAGAGAUUGUUAAAAAGAACCGGCCAGGGAAAAACACAGAGGGCAUACAAAAAGUGUUUCUGGGAGAGGUAGAGAUGCGUCCUCUUUUUUCGUCUCCAUACCCAGAGGAGUACGUAAAGUACCCAACCCUGCAUAUAUGCAGAAAGUGCAUGGAAUACUUUUCCACCAAGUACUCUCUUGAGAGGCACCAGACAAAGUGCAAGAUGCAAUAUCCACCAGGAAGGCUUCUUUAUUUAGACAGCGAGUACAUUGGGGUGUUUGAGAUUGAAGGAGACAAGGAGUCAAGAUACUGCCAGAGUCUGUGCCUUUUGGCGAAAAUGUUUCUGGAUCAUAAAACACUGUACUAUGACGUAGAGUCAUUUUUGUUCUACAUCAUAGGGGAGAUAAAAGAUGAAGAAUUUAUUGUGCAAGGAUACUUUUCAAAAGAGAGAGGAGAAGGAAGGAACAACUUGUCCUGCAUUGUUGUGUUUCCCCCGUAUAGAAAGCUGGGGAUAGGGUCAUUUUUAAUUGACUAUAGCUACUAUUUAACAAAAAGCACAGCAUCUCUGCCGUACACAGCAGGCCCAGAGCAGCCUCUUUCUGCAGAGGGAGAGCGGGCAUAUUUCUCAUAUUGGGUGAAUGCGAUUCUUCGAUACAUUGCUGACAAAAAGAACUUCAAACCAGAAGAUGCAUGCUUUGAAAAAGUGUCAGAGCACACGGGCGUGUCAAAGGAAAACAUCCGGUGGGCAUACAAACAGCUUGUAAAGAAAUUUGGCAAGGAGCUGACAUACCAAGACUUCAUAGCAAACAGAGACAUAGCUAAAAAGUCAAGAAGAAUUAAAAAAGGUGCAGCUGUCCAAAAGAGUGUAGAAAGCAAAGAUGAGAAUCCAGAGGAGUCAGAAUAA